CCGAGUUUUUUCUGAGACUCUUUAUAAACUCUUCCACCUCUCAGACCCUCUUCUAAAAGACAAGGAAGAAACCUUACGACUCGCUGGCUGAAGUCACAACCCCUUAUUAUUCCACUCAUCCCUUCCCACCACCACCAAGUACCAAUCCUUGUCAUCUCCUUCCCUUUACAUCCAUGUCAAUCCAAGGCCAGCUUCUUGAGGUCACAGUGGUUAGCUGCAGCAAACUGAAAGACACAGAGUGGAUAUCGCGGCAGGAUCCCUUCGUCUGCCUUGAAUACGCCACGACGAAGUUCCGCACCAGGACCUGCACAGAUGGAGGCAGGAACCCUUGCUUUCAGGAAAAGACUAUGAUUCCCCUCAUCGAAGGCCUCCGCGAGAUCAGCGUCGGUGUCUGGAACAGCAACACCAUCACCUACGACGACUUCAUCGGCAGUGGCAGGGUCCAGCUGCAGAGGGUCCUCUCUCAAGGCUAUGAUGACUCUUCUUGGUCACUCCAAUCUAAAUCUGGAAAGUACGCUGGCGAGGUAAAACUCAUCAUGCAUUAUGCAAAUGCAGGCAAAGCACAAAAACCUUCCAAGGCUGAAGCUCCAAUGAUGGGCUAUGCACUGACUGCUCCUGUGUACAAUCCAGCAACUCAGUAUGCUCCUCCUUAUGCACCCCUGCAAUCAAUGGCUGCUCCUUCUUACCCUCCGACAGGCGCUUACCCUGCAGCAACUCCUUACCCAGCAGCAUAUCCACCCCCACCAUGUCUGCCACCUGCUAAUCCUGCUCCUUAUCAGCCAGCAGCAUACCCUCCUCCAAUGCCACCAGCAUAUCGAACUGCAGCAUAUCCACCCACUGAAACAUACCCACCAGCCAUUUACCCCCCUCCACCACAAGCCCAACUCUGUUAUCCACCAGCACCUUACCGAGGGGUCUAUCCACCACCACCAUAUUGAUGAGAGAAGGAAUGCAGUUGCGGCUGAGAGUUCAGUGUUGCUAGUUCAACUUGUACAAUGCUUGAUAGGAAGUAGUUUAUGAAAGAUUUGCGAUUGUCUUUUUCUACUUUGUUUUCAAAAAUGCUUGUUUGCCGAUAUAAAUGGGAAGCCAAUUAGUACAGGAUUACUG